CAGCAGACAAGAGCGUUUGAACACCAUUAGAAAUAUAUUCCUCUACAUGUGCAUGUGGAUAAUCAGACAGUGAAGCAACAUCUGAAAGGCCUAGAAGACACCAUGAUUGGCGCUCACAUCAAAUCCACUCUGCCAGUUUUGGCUAUUCUACUCCUCCAACCAACAGCAGGGCAAGAUGAACUGGUCGUCUCCACUGACAAAGGCAAAGUCCAGGGUGUAAGACUUCCUGUGCCAGAUGGCUUAGAGUCCGUGACAGCCUUCCUUGGUAUCCCCUACGCCAAGCCUCCAUUGGACAUGCUUCGCUUCAAACGACCUGAGCCUGCUGAGGUGUGGAGCGGGAUACGAGAUGCCACUCAAUACUCCAACUCCUGCUUCCAGGUGCCAGAUACAGUGUACCCAGGAUUCCCAGGAGCUGAGAUGUGGAAUCCCAACACCAGGAUUAGUGAAGAUUGCCUGUACCUCAAUGUAUGGACCCCCUUAAUCCACUUCCAUAACAAAGCCAAGCCCUUAGUACCAGUUAUGGUGUGGAUCUAUGGUGGAGGUUUCUCCACAGGUACUGCUUCCCUGGAUAUGUAUGACGGGCGUUUCCUCAGCCAGUCCCAAAAUGUGGUGGUGGUAUCUAUGAACUACAGGGUUGGACCAUUGGGAUUCCUAUCUCUACCUGAAAGUAAGGACAUAAAGGGCAAUGCUGGUCUUUUUGACCAGCAGUUGGCUCUCAGCUGGGUGGCAAAGAACAUUGCUUCAUUUGGGGGUGACCCAUCCUCCGUAACCUUGUUUGGGGAAAGUGCUGGAGCUGGCUCUGUAGGACUCCAUUUGCUUUCGGAGGGUAGUCAUGGCCUGUUUGCCCGUGUAAUUCUCCAGAGUGGCAGUCCUAAUGCAGUGUGGGCAGCCGUGGAGCCAGCUAAGGCCUGGAACCGUUCUCUGACUCUGGUUCAGCUUCUGAACUGCCCACUUGGACCUACUGAAGUAGAGACCUGCUUAAGAGCAGUUGAACCUGAGAAAUUAGUCAGUCUUCAAUACGAUGUCAUUUCUGAUCCCGUCAUCAUAAAUGUGCCCUUUCCUCCAACAGUGGAUGGAGAGUUUCUCUUGGAUAUGCCUAAUGUCUUAAUCCAGUCGGGACGUUUUCUGAAGACUGAGCUCCUGUUGGGAUUGAACAGAGAUGAAGGAACGUACUUCCUUGUUUAUGGUGCACCUGGGUUUGGCAUCCAUAACCAGAGUCUUAUCAACAGAGACCAGUUCCUCAAGGGUAUAUCCUUGAGUCUCCCUGGUUUCAGUGAUAUAGCCAGAGAGGUGGCUGCCUUCCAGUACACGGAUUGGACAGAUGAGCAAAGCAAGCAAAAGAACAGAGAUGCCUUAGGCUGGUUGGUGGGUGACCGCUAUUUUUCGUGCCCCUCGCUGGAUUUUGCCCGCAGGUAUGUUGAGCAUGGGGGCAGUGUCCGAUUGUACCUGUUUCACCAUCGCUCUGGCUUCAACCCCUGGCCUCAGUGGAUGGGGGUAAUGCACGGGGAUGAGAUCCCGUUUGUUUUUGGGAUACCUCUGAACAAGACUUUUGGAUUCUCUGAGGAAGAGAAGACCAUGAGUCAGAGAAUCAUGGAGCAUUGGAGCAACUUUGCUAGAGUUGGGGACCCAAAUGUCAAAGGAGUGGAUUGGCCGCAGUUUACACUGGAACAUCAGCAGUAUGUGGUGCUCAACACUAGCCCAUCACAGACACUCCGGAUGCUUAGAGCCCAACAGUGCAAGUUCUGGGACAGCUUGAUGCCAAAACUGCAGUAUGUCACAGGUGUUGGAGUGAUGGCUGCUGGAAAUGGGGCCUGUCAGGAUAUGAUCAAAAAUUACUUUUUUCAAAUAGUGAUGGUGCUGUUUUUUACAUCAGUAAUGUUCUGAAUAUACUUUGUGAUCAGUUGAAUGCCACUUUGGUGAAUUAAAGUACCAAUUUCCUUCCAAAACAGCAAAAUCUCU